UAGACGGGAGAGUCCAGCCGCGAUAAGCCCGUUUGCUAUAUACGGUCGGUGGGUUUAUAAUGGUGUGUUUUGAUUAAUGAGUUUUAAAUUGAGUUUACAAUCGUCGUAUUCCAUGUUUAUUUUAUGUCUGUGUCUAAUCUCUUUGGAUGUGCUCUGAACAUACAUCGAUGGAUCCAGUAAUUCCUUGGGGUUUUUAGCGCAUUUACUGUAGAUAGAGCAGAUCAUCUUCAUUCGAAACCUAAAUUUGUGCUUUAAACGCUUUUAUGCAGCACCGUUAUAUUUGCGUAGGUCAGAAUGUGCUUAUAUCGUACGGUUGCUGAAAAAAACAAAAAAAACUAAUCUAGAGCAAAGCAAACCGAUCCAUUCUAACGCUAUAAGGCGCAAGAGGACCAAAACUGCGUCAUGUUGAAGAACGGUAAAGGGAGGAAUGAAGCUGGGACGUCCCAACCGAAAUCAGACGACCCCUUGAAAAAUCUGGGGGUCCAGGCUGAUGAGGAUGUGAAGAUGAUGCUGCAGGGCUCUUCCAUGAUGAAGGUGCGAUCUCCACGCUGGCAGAGGAAGCGCAUGCUAAAGUUGCUGGAUGAUGGAAUCACGGUCUGGUGUGAAUCCAACAAGAGCUCCAGCAAAGCCAAGUCUCAGCAGUCCUUUACUGUGACAGACGUGGAGUGUGUGCGGGAAGGCUGUCAAUCUGAGACGUUGAGAAACCUGGCUGGCUCGCUCCGAGAAGAGCAAUGUCUCACCAUUGUGUUCAAGGGAGGGAGGAAGAGCUUGGAUCUCCAGUGUGACACUAAAGAGGAAGCGCAGCGCUGGAUCCGCGGGAUUCGCACUCUGCAGGGUAGAGUCAACAACAUGACCCAGAAAGAGAAACUCGACCACUGGAUCAAUGCUUACCUGAAACAAGCUGACAUUAAUCAAGAUGGGAAGAUGUCUUAUGAAGAGGUGCAGACGCUUCUACAGAUGAUCAACAUAGACUUGAAUGAGGAGUAUGCUUCCAGCCUCUUCAAGAAGUGUGACAAGUCAGCAGAUGGACGACUGGAUAGUGAAGAGAUUGAGCUGUUUUGUCGUGAGCUGCUGCGUCGGCCUGAGUUGGAUGCUGUGUUCCAUCAGUAUUCAGCUAAUGGUUGCGUCCUGUCCACCGUGGAUUUGCGGCAAUUCCUGAAAGACCAGGGCGAGGACAACACACUCAUACAUGCGCAGAGCCUCAUCUUCACCUAUGAGCUCAAUGAAUGGGCCCAAAAGAACCAGUUCAUGACCCCCAAUGGCUUCACUAUGUACAUGCUGUCUAAGGAGAAUAACGUGUAUAACCCGGAUCACGGCAGAGUUUACCAGGAAAUGAGCCAGCCACUCAGUCACUACUUUAUCUCCUCCUCACACAACACCUACCUCACUAAAGACCAGCUCAUGAGUGAGAGCAGUGCAGAGCCUUAUAUCAGGGCCCUUUGCAACGGCUGCCGCUGUGUGGAACUGGACUGUUGGGAUGGGGAUAAGGAGCCAAUUAUUUACCAUGGACACACUCUCACAACCAAGGUGCCAUUAAAGGAAGUGUUGGAGGCCAUCGCUGAAUAUGCCUUCAGGGCUUCUCCAUAUCCUCUUAUUUUGUCUCUGGAAAACCACUGCUCUGUGGAGCAGCAGACAAUUCUGGCACGGCAGCUGUGCUCCAUUCUAGGGGACAAACUGCUUACCAAACCUCUCAAUGACAAGCCACUUGAAUGCCUACCAUCACCAGAGGACCUAAAAGGAAAGAUCUUGCUAAAAGGAAAGAAAAAUAAAGUAGAGCAGGACACCUCUAGCUCUGACUCAAGCUCCUCAGAAGAUGAAUCCAAAGCUGAAAGUAAACCUAAAGCCCGUAAGGUUUCUAAGUUGAGUCCAGAGCUGUCUGAUCUGGUGGUGUACACCUGCGGUGUUUCCUUCAAAGGAUUUGAUCAAUUUGCCAAGAAACCUCCCAAUGAGAUGUCCUCUUUCUCUGAGAGUGAUGCAUUGAAACUUAUCAAAGAGUCAGGGAAGUUCUUUGUGCGUCACAACAGCAUGCAAUUGAGCAGAAUCUACCCAUCUGGUCAGCGGGUGCAAUCCUCCAACUACAACCCUCAAGACAUGUGGAACGCUGGCUGUCAGCUGGUGGCAUUGAACUUUCAAACUCACUGUGAAGAGAUGGAUCUAAACAGAGGUCGUUUUUUACCAAACGGACGCUGUGGCUACGUGCUAAAACCAAGCUUUAUGUGCCAGCCUGAUUCAGAGUUUAACCCUGAGAACACUGGUGGAGGGCCUGGCCACAACCCAACCCUGCUCACCAUCAAGGUGAUAUCUGCCCAGCAGCUGCCUAAACCUGAUAAAGAGAAGCUCAGCUCCAUUGUGGACCCCCUUGUAUGGGUGGAGACUUAUGGGGCUCCCACAGACACCAAUAAAAAAAAGACACACCGCAUCGACAAUAAUGGCUUUAACCCCAGAUGGGACUGCACCUUCAAGUUCAUACUACAUGUGCCAGAGCUGGUGUUAGUGCGCUUUAAGGUCGAGGACCAUGACUACACCACAAGAAAUGACUUCCUAGGCCAGUUUACUCUUCCUUUCACAAGUAUGCGUACAGGUUAUAGACAUGUACGUCUGCUGAAGGCAGAUGGGUCGAGCAUGUCUCCCUCCAGUCUCUUCAUUCAUGUUAAAAUUACCCCCGGCUACAGCAGCCCGGCCAGACAAACAACCACACAUAAAGCCGGAGAAUAAAGCAUGCAGUUUAAGCACUUGUCUAGUGGCCUGUCUGGGGAGGCAGCACAGUUUUUACCAACUUUCAGACCCAAAAUAUUCCCCACUGAGUAUGGGUUUUCUUAUACCGUUACACUGCCCGCAUAUGCAGUGACAAAUAUUAUUAAAUGUAUUGAUGACUGCCUUAUGAACCUGUAAUACACACAGAGUUCCCACGGUCAUGGAAACCCUGGAAAUAUCAGAGAAUUUAACAAAUUUACUUUUCAGACCUGGACAAAUUAUGGAAAUUAACUAAAUGUCAUGCAAAAGUCAUGAAAAUUUAUAUAUUGGAUAUACUGCAGAUGUUUCUUGUUAUGCUCAUUUCAUGAGAAAGAAAUCACCUUUUGUCAAUGCAAUCUAUUUAAAAUGGUUUUAAAAAAAAAAACCUUAUGCAGUACAUUAUGCAUUAAUCACAAACGACCAGAAAAAUCAUGGAAAAGUCAUAGAAAUUCAUUGGUCAAAAGGUGUGUGAACUCUAUAGAGUUCCAAACUUUUCCAAAAUGAGUUAUAUUUUAUAUAUAUAAAAAUAAUGCCGAAGCCAUUUCUGAUGUAGGCAUGACCCAAAGGUAGCAAAAAACAAAGAGGUUAAGAUCGCUAUGCUGUUAAGUAAUGUGUUUUUAAAAUGAUAAAGCAAUACAUUUGGUAUGCAAUGGUCUUUGCACCAGCCCAUGUUAUGUAGCAUGUUCUAAUUUAUACUCCAUAACUGUAUUGUAGGCCUCUUUUGCUAUGCAGCUAAAAGAAGAAGUGACUCAGAUAUUAAGGAUAUCAAAAGGUGUUGACAAUCGAUGAGCGAGUCCACUCCUCAUGUACCUAACGCAGGAAGAACAGAGCUCACUAAAACUAUUGCACUUAGACGUCAAUAGAAAGAUAAGCAAAGAACAGAAAAGAAAUUGAGAGAGUAUUUUUAUCUUUAUCUUUAAUGGUAUAUUUUAUCUUUAUUUCAUUUCAUAUUUAUGUUUUUUUAGAUCAUGUUGCCAUGUUAAAAACUGUAAAAACCCUUUAAAAUAUUAUUCAUGUUGAAACAUUUACACAUUUAACCGUUAUUUAGUCAGAUUCUCAUAUUCAGAUUUCAAUAUUUGUCAUUUAUAUGUAGAACAGUGGAUUUCUUAGGAUGUUUCUCAAUCUCUAGUUGUAUUUUUAGCUACAGUUUUGUCUAAUUAGAAAUACUUAAAUAUGUCGUGAUCUGUUUACUUUGGGAUGUUUAUGAGUUGCCUAAUCUGAUGAGCCGAUAUGACCGUAACACCCAUAAAGGGAAUUACCAGGUGCUCUGUUACACAGUCAAUUAAAGGGUAAAUUAAUCUCAGUAUUCUGAUGUAUUUAAGCCAUGGUAGGUGUAAUGAAGAAGCAAAUACUGCACAAGGAUUUGGUGCUAGUAGUCAUUAUUUUUGCUCAUAAAAACAGUGUGCAUUACAUAUCAUACAGUAUAUAAUCGGACACUGUAUGCAAAUUGAAUAUUGCUAAUCAUCUGUCUACGUGUUUUUCUGUGAAAGUGAUAAUGAUUAAAGAAUUUUAAUUUACAAAAUUUGUUAACUCACUUCAUUCAACAUGUGGUUGAAAUGCUUUCUUGUCUGUAUUCAUUAAGGGAUAGUUCACCCCAAAAGGAAAAUUCUGUCACCAUAAUUUACUCACCAUCAUGUUGUUUCAAACCCGCUUGACUAAUUUAUUUCCAUGUAACACAAAAGAAGAUAUUAAGCAAAAUGACAGCCUAGGUCACCAUUUACUUUCAUUACACUGUUCUUCCAUACAAUGAAAGUGACUGAGGCUAAAAUUCUGCAUAACAUCUCCUUUUGCGUUCCACAGAAGAAAUUUAGUCAUGUGGGUUUAAAACAACAUGAAGGUGAGUAAAUGAUUAAAGAAUUGUAAUAUUUGGGUGAACUAUCCCUUUAAGGCUGAAGUGUUGUAGGGACAUUUAUCUAGCAGGGCUAUAGCUAAUGGGAUGAAAGGUGGUAACAAUUCUAGGGGCCCACUGUUCCAGGGUGCAAACAAAUUUGAAACUGUAUUUUUUCAUAUGAAAAAAUUCCUCUCUGAACAUGCCACACAACUGCUUGUCCAGUCACUUGUCAUAACUAGACUGGACUACUGUAAUGCUCUCAUUGCAGGCCUCCCUGCAUGUGCAAUUAGACCCCUGCAAAUGAUCCAGAAUGCAGCAGCACGUCUGGUCUUUAAUGAACCAAAGAGAGCACAUGUUACACAACUCCUUGUCUCUCUCCACUGGCUGCCAGUUGCACGUAUCAAAUUCAAGGCUCUGAUGCUGGCAUACAGAACAGUCACUGGGUCUGCUCCAGCAUACCUAAAAUCAUUUAUGCAGAGCUAUGCGCCCACUAGAAGCCUGUGGUUGGCUAAGGAACAUCGUCUUGUUGUACCAACACAAAGAGGCACCAAAACACUUUCCUGGACUUUCAGCUUCAUCGUACCACGUUGGUGGAACGAACUUCCCAACUCCAUCCGUGAAGCUGACUCACUCUCUGUCUUCAAAAAACGACUAAAAACACAUCUUUUCCAUGAGCACUU